AUGGUUAUGGCAAAUGUAACCACAAUGAGCGGAUUCUUCCUCAUGGGGUUCUCCAACAACCGUGAGCUGCAAAUCUUACAUGCAUUGCUUUUCUUGCUGAUGUACUUAUUAGCCUUAGCAGGUAACCUCAUAAUUAUCACCAUCACAACCCUGGACCAACAUCUCCAAUCCCCAGCGUAUUACUUCUGGAAACACCUUUCCCUCCUGGACCUCUCUUUCAUUUCUGUCACAGUCCCCCAGUCCAUUGACAAUUAACUUAUGGGCAAUGUCUAUAGUGACAGUCAGUGCAUACUUCAGGUUUUCUUCUUCACAUCUUUGGCCUGGGCUGAGGUGGCCAUUCUCACAGUGAUGUCUUAUGACCGCUCUACAGCCAUUUGCCUCCCAUUGCACUGCGAGGUCAUCAUGGAUCCCAGAGCCUGUAAGUGGGCUGUGAUAGAUGCAUGGCUGAGUGGAGCCAUCUCUGGAAUCUUGUACACGGCUGCCACAUUCUCCAUCACAUUCUGUAGGGCCAAAAUACUCCACCAGUUCUUCUGUGAUAUCCCCCAGUUGCUGAAGCUCUCCUGUUCCAAUGAUUACCUUGGAGUGAUUGGAGUGGCUGCCUUCAUGACUGUGCCGGCAUUAAUCUGCUUCAUCUCCGUUGUUCUCUCCUACAUGCACAUCUUUUCCACAGUUCCAAGUAUACCUUCUGCUGAGGGCCGAUCCAAGGCCUUCUCUACCUGCCUGCCCCACCUCUUUGUUAGGUCAAUUUUUCUCUCCGCGGGCAUUUUUGAGUUUCUAAAACCGACUUCAGAUUCUCCAACUGCUUUUCACAUUAUGAUAUCUAUCUUUUAUGCAGUAGUGCCCCCAACACUGAACCCUAUUGUACGCAGCUUAAGGAAUGAGGCCAUGAAGGGAGCUUUAAGAAAGUUACUGUUGGGUGGUGAAUUCACCAGGAAAAAGACACUUUUGUCCUGUUUUUGGUGA